AUGGUGGACAGCAAAGGCAAAGGCACUGGCAGAAGCUGGGUGCUGAGCAUUGUCUUUGAGAAACAGCAGGAUGAUAGCGUGGCCGGUGGGCCCCGGUGCCAGAGCAGCAAGGCCAUGAUGCAGAGGGAACGGAAAUCACAGCAGUCACUGAUCAAGGUGAAGGACUUUAUGGAAGAACAGAGGACGUGCUUCAAGGUCAUAACUGGGCAGGGAGACCCUACUGGAGGAUGUAGGGCCAGGUUCACUCACCUCACUGACAAAGACUUUGCCCAGAGCAUUUCGGGCCUGAGGUCUGUUCAUCAAAAUUUCAGUGAUACCUGCAUCCCGGUCCCCUCGCAGGGCGCCCACCUGGAUCUCCGCGCCCAGAGCCGCGUCCCGGGAGGCCCAGGCGCGGGCCGGGCUCCAGCCGGGGCCCCGGGGGACCAGGGGUCGCAGCACUCGGGGGAGCGUCCUCAGCAUGGUGGCGGCCGCUACAUGGGAGGGCAGGGGGCGGGCAGGGGCAGCGGCCCGAGGGCUCCACCUACGGGCAGCUACGCAGCGGCGGCCCCAGGCCAGCGCGGGAGGGAGGGAGGGGAGCGUCGGCGGGACCUCUGGACACACCCCUUUGUUUUCCAGAAAAGGAAACCGAGGUCCGCAACAGGGAAGGCUUCCCCAAAGGGCCGCCCAGGCCUUGGAUCCGGAAGCGAUCCGGCCCUCGCCGGGGUACAAAGUCUGGCGGCUGGCUCUCAGGCCCCUCAGGCCCGCUUCCGCUGCUUAACCGGCUGCACCCUUCCCCGACUUCUCCAGCAGCACGAAUUCAAGGCCAGUGAGGGCCUGCCAUAGAUGCCAAGGCCGAGAGGGAAGCGAUCUCCCCCGCAGGGAGCUUUCCUUCUAAAGAGAAAGCCCCCCAGGUGUCCGUCGCUCGUCUGCCUGUCUCUUGGUAUGU